AUGGAAAAGCAAGGUCACGAAUGUACCAUCAUCAACAUCCCGGACAUACAAACGGCGCCUCUUCAAAAUGACCAACCAAAACCCCUCAAGGUCAAGAAGAUGAGCGGUGCCAUGCGCUUUCUCAGGGUGGCCCUCUUCGUCAUGCGAGGAAGUUCCGCAAAGUCAAAGGCGAUUUACCAUGAUCAAAUCCACGAUGGGUCCAAGAGCACGUGGAAGAACCUUAUGGGCUCCAUGAGGCCAUUGCAACUUCAAAGCGACCAAUCCCCACGCUGCGUUUCUGACUCGGCCGCCAUUUUUUGGUCGCCCGCCACAGAUUGCUGCGGCUACGUUUCUGAAUUUGCGGCGCAGGAGGGGCCUUACUCACCUUCCCCACCCAGUAGCCGUUACGGUUCGGCUGUGGGGUUGAACGAGCUGGUUCAAAGUAGCGAUGGGGAUGAGACGAUUGAUACCAAGGCUGAGGAUUUCAUUUCUCAGUUCUACGAAGAAAUGAGGCUGCAGCGCAUGAAUACCGUUGAUCGUGGUUACUUGGAGCGAAGUCAAAGGUCACUGGGUUGGUGA